AUGAAAGGAUCUACACUAGUAGCGGGGGCCUUGGCCGCAACGUCGGUUCAAGCUGCUUCCUUACAGAAUGUUUUCCAGGCCAAUACGUUACUAGAUAAAGCCAUUAGCGCUUUGGGCUUGAAUGAACAGCAGGUAUUGGACUCGGUGCCCAAAAGUAUUCAGAAAGUGUGGGGAGAAAUGGGAAUGUUGUUCCCCAAGGAAACCUCGGAAUUGGAGUUCAUCACAAAACCAAAAUCCAAGAUUAACUCAAAACCAGACUCUGAAUGGGAUUUUGUGGUUCAAAAGCACCCAGAGCACAAAUUGCGUGUCAACAAAGUCAAGGACCCUAAAGUGCUCGGUAUUGACCCAGAUGUCAAACAGUAUACGGGGUACCUCGAUGUAGAGGAAGAAGACAAGCAUUUCUUCUAUUGGUUUUUCGAAAGUCGAAAUGACCCCAAAAACGACCCCGUCAUCUUGUGGCUAAACGGUGGACCUGGGUGUUCAUCUUUGACCGGGCUUUUUUUUGAACUAGGUCCUUCGUCCAUCGGCUCCGAUAUCAAGCCCAUUUACAACCCUCAUGCCUGGAACUCCAACGCCUCCGUGAUUUUCCUUGACCAGCCCGUUAACGUUGGGUACUCCUACUCAGGAUCCAGUGGGGUCUCUAACACCGUCGCUGCCGGAAAGGAUGUGUACGCAUUCCUUGACCUGUUCUUCAAGCAAUUCCCUGAAUAUGCCUCUGGCCAAGACUUUCACAUUGCUGGUGAAUCUUACGCUGGUCACUACAUUCCAGUGUUUGCAACGGAGAUUCUGUCUCACCCUGUUCACGAAAGAUCUUUCAACUUGACGUCUGUCUUGAUUGGUAACGGUCUAACAGACCCUUUGACGCAGUACCCUUACUACGAGCCAAUGGCCUGCGGUGAAGGUGGAGAACCCUCUGUACUUGAACCUGCAGAGUGUGAAGGUAUGUUGGACACCUUACCUCGUUGUUUGAGUCUCAUCGAAAGCUGUUACGAGUCUGAGUCUGUGUGGACCUGUGUCCCAGCUUCUAUCUACUGUAACAACGCUCAAAUGGGCCCAUACCAAAAGACCGGUAAGAAUGUCUACGACAUUCGCAAGGAGUGCAAUGGCGAGUUGUGUUACUCAGAAUUGAAAUACAUGGAUGAGUACUUAAAUUUGGACGUUGUCAAACAGGCCGUCGGCGCCGAAGUUGACAACUUUGAAUCUUGCAAUUUUGACAUCAACAGAAAUUUCUUGCUCGCGGGAGACUGGAUGAAACCCUACCAUAAGGCUGUGACUAACCUCCUUAACCAAGGGCUACCAGUCUUGAUCUACGCUGGUGACAAAGACUUUAUCUGCAAUUGGUUGGGUAAUCAAGCCUGGUCGGAUGCUCUUCCUUGGAAGCACGGCGAAAAGUUCCAGGACCAACCUAUCAAGAACUGGAUCUCCAGUACCACGGGAGAAAAGGCCGGUAAGGUGAAGAAUUAUGAAAACUUUACAUUCCUAAGAGUUUACGGCGGUGGUCAUAUGGUUCCUUAUGACCAACCUGAAAACGCACUUGCUUUGGUCAACGAUUGGAUCAAGGGAUCAUACAACUACGAAUGA